AUGAUGGAUGACAGGGAGGAGGAAGAGUUUGAAGGGGAGGAGGGGGCACGUCGGUUCCUGUCGACGCUGCAGACGCUGCUGGACGACUUCAACAACGAGAUGGCCUCCUCAGACGAAGAGGAGGAGGGCGAGGUGGAGGAUGAUGUGGGUGAGGACGGGCGCAAGCCGGAAACACGGGUGCGCAAGUUGGGCAAGCGGGCCAAGGCCUUGAAGAAGAAGAUCAAGGAGACCAAGGACCGGCUGAAGACGAUCAAGGGCAAGAUGGACCAGAAGGUGACGGCCAUGCGACGCAAGGUCAUCACCGGCAGCUCCGACAAGCGCGUCAGGGACUUCCUCAAGGAAGUGCCUGUGGUGAAGACCAUUGACAAGGUGUCCUUUACGCUGGGUGUGCUCCUCCUCUUGCUUGUUGAGUACAUGGUGUUGGAGCACCCAAAGGUCUUUGGCUACUUCUACUGCAUGCUGCUGGUGCCGCUGCUGCUGUCCAGAUGGAACCUCUAUGUCAAGGAGAAGUUCCAGUACUUCCUGCUCGACUUUUGCUACUUCCUCAACCUCAGCUGCAUGAUCUGUGUCUUCUACCCCAACGUCUUGGAUGGCGCUCUCAUUCGCUGCUGCUUUGUCUUGGCCAACGGGCCUGUUGGAUGGGCGAUUGUUGCGUGGCGCAACUCGCUCGUAUUCCACUCGUUGGAGAAGCUGACCACGGUCUAUAUCCACGCACUGCCAACGCUGCUCACCUUCUGCUGGCGGUGGCUGCCCGACAACGACGACCACCGCCGCGCGCUCUGCGGCGACCAAGACGAGCCAUGUGACUUCUCCUUCGCACAGUGGUGGGCAUACCCACUCGCCUUCUACCUGUCGUGGCAGGCGUUCUAUCUCCUUAUGACAGAGGUGCUUCACCGUGAGAAGCUUGAGUCGGACGAGACGCUGCAGACGUCACUGCGGUGGAUGGCGCGAUCCCAGACCGGCAUGGUUGCCGCCGCCCGCCAGCUCUUUGUCCGCGUCGGCGUCAUGGAGCAGCAGGAGCAGUUUGACCACACGUCGUGGAAGACAAAGUGGAUCUUCAUCACGAGCCAGCUCGCAUACACCCUCAUCAGCAUGCUUCCAACAGCGCUGUUUUUCCGGUCGUAUUCGGCCCAUUCCUUCUUUCUCAUCCUUGCCUGGUCAAUCUGUGCGUGGAACGGUGCUGGGUACUACAUUAGCGUGUUCUCGCACAGGUACAUUGAGAAGCUGGAGAAGCUGGAGAAGGACCAGCACGACCAGGAAGUGCAGCAGCUGAAGGCCCUGAAGAAGGAGCAACACACGCUCGAACAGCAACAGCACCAGGUGCAUGAGCAGCAGAAACAGGCGGCAAAGGCACGGAAACAGAAGAAGCGCCAAUGA